AUGGCUCUGUUUCCUCCAUCUCCCUCCCCCAUCUUCUCUCAAAACGACUCCAACAAGGAAGACAACUACGGCAAGAUCCAUCUCUUCUCUCGACUUCCGUCUCCAAGCAGCACCUCUUUCGCUAGGGGGGAUCUAGCGAUCACAUGGGGUGACACUCCCGCAUACUGGUGGUGGGAGACGGACGCGAAUUCAAGGUUCGCUGGAGGGGAAGUGGCGGCGCUCGAACUCAUGUGGUGGUUGGAAAUCCGGGCCAAGAUCCAGACCCGAAGGCUAUCGCCUGGUGUUCAAAUUGAUGGGUGGGCACAUCGGGUUCGCAGGGUAACCCGUGAAAGUCGAGGUCGGCUUUGUGGGUGA